GAGCAUGCGCAGUGAAUGCGGUGGUGGCGGCGACGGUGACAGUGACGGGUUCCCGCGGGUUGGGCGGCCGGGGUCUCGGAGGCGAACUUUUGGACCAAGAUGGCGACAAUGACAGAAAGCAAUAUCUGUAUUGUGAAAUCCUUAGAAAAGGAAUUUGAUAUGAUAGAUUAUAGUCAGUGGGAGAGAACAGACAGACAACGAAGGAGUCACAGUGCACAGACUUCCUCACUUCCACCAAUCAAGUGGUCGCCAGAAGCUUUAGGAACUCACUGGACGAUUGUGAAGAAAGAAAAGGAAAAAUCAGGUCAUCGCAUGACCCAACAGCAGAAUAAGUCAGAAGGUUUAUUCCGGCCAAACACCGAUCAGCCCCACACAGGCAAAUGUGAUCAUCCCUGGCAGAAAAGAAUACUGCUAAAGGACGAUGACCCCUGCUAUGUUGAAAUGCAAAAUAAAAUUGCAAUACUUAAGUAUCUAAUAACAGCAAAGAAGAAGCAAAUGGAUGAAUGCAAGGAAUAUAGCAAGUCUCUCCUGGAUAUGAACAUGAAGCUGGCCAAAGAACUGAAAGAGAUGGAUGAAGUCGCCAUGAAAGAGUCCAGAAACCUCCUGGUUCAGUAUAGCAAGUUUAGGAAAGGAAUUUCUGGUGUAAGUGAUUGGAAGCGACAGGAGCUUGAAGCAGCAAAGAAUGACCUCAAAGACACUGAGGAAAUAGUGGGACAGAAAUCUGGAGAGUUACAUCGUCAACUGGAGGAAAUUAACUCCCGAAUUCGGAAUGCGCAGGAGGAACUCAACAAGCUGAAAGACUUUAGAGACAAAGACUUUCCUGUAUAUGCUUUGAAAAUUGCAGAGCUGCAAAGAGAAAUUGGGCAACUCCCAGGAAAGCACCAAGCUGAGCUAGACAAUAUGGAGCAGAUUGCACUUGAAGAAAGGAAGAAAUUGAAAAAUGCCCUGAAGGAGAAAGAACAAGAGAUAUUACAGAAGAUUGCCGAGGAACAAUUCCGUUUCAUUCCUCCAGGAUUACAAGAGCUAAUGUUUCACAAUACGGUGAUGAAGAAGGAAAUAGAAGUUCACAGAGAGCUGAACAGAAAAAUGGAAAGGAAUAACUUGGCAUUGCAGCAGAAACUGUUACAGCUACUAAAAGCAAAGCGAGACAGCAGAGAGGAGAUCUUCGGAGAUAUUUUUAAAAAGCAGUCAAAGUGCACACCUGAUAUGGACGUAGUGUUGAACAUUCAAAGAGAAAAUUGCCUUCCCAUUUAACUCCAGGUUCUUGAGUUGUUUCAGACAUUAUCCUGAUCUUUUUAUUGACACAUUCCAAUACGUGGCACUUGCUGAAUUGCCUUGGCUGGAAUUUCUAUGUGUACAGAAAGAUACCGAGGAAGACUGGAUAACAA